AUCGACAGCUUGAGGCAGCACGAGGAGUGGGUGCAGCUGCCUCUCGAUUCCGUUCCUCUUUCUCGCUCCUUCAGAGACUCCCUCCCUUUCUCCCUCCCUCCCUCCCUCCCUCGAUUGCUGGCUCUUGCUCGGUAGUGAUGGCCAGACGAAGGCUAGCGGCUCCAGCACAGCGAUUCGCGCUGUUUGCCGCAGUCCAAGUGGCGCUCGUUGUUCUAGCUCUCGGCUAUGGCUGCCAGAUGGUGUCUGCUGGCCACGCCACGGCUGAACAGCGGCUGGCGUCCGCCUUGAGCUCGACCCUCACGGCGAAGGCUCCCGUCGUGGUGACCAUCACUGAGGACAUCGUACUCACAAAGGCACUGCCGGGGAUGGAAGGUACCCAUUCUAUCCAUAUCAAGGGAGAGUGCGGUAGUCGCAAAUGCGUCGUUGACGGUGGGGGCAAGUACCCCAUUUUCUCGUCGGUGGGACCGAGACUGACGAUCGAGAACUUGAUCUUGCGUCAUUCUGGCGAACGGGCUAUCUACGCCAAGACCGAGCUCAAGCUGACACGUGUCGUCCUCAAGAAAAACAAAGGUGGCGCGGUCGCGGUCGGCAUUGGAGGGAACCCCUGGCACAUCGAAGAUUGCCAUUUCGAGAACAACGACGGCCCCGCCCUCCUCCUCUCCACUUCCAGCAGCGGCAAAGUCGUCCGUACCACGUUCAGGUCCAACAGGGCGGGAGGUGAUGGUGGAGCCGUGUGGAUUGACGCACGGGCGCCGAGUUACGUCUUCGAUCAGGUGACCCUGGAGGGGAACACGGCCGGAAAGAGUGGCGGCGGCAUGUACAUAAAUGGGGUAUUCGCGCCGCACGAUAAGCACAUGAAGGUGCUCAUCUCGGGAUGCAAGUUCACGAAGAACGUGGCGAGCGGCGGGCCCGGCGGCGGGCUGGCACUGGGCUCGUAUGUGGAAGCGCGCAUCUGUGACACCUCCAUCGCCGGGGGUGAAAACACAGCGAAGGGCGGGCAAGGCAACGACGUCGCUGUGGUGUCCAGCGAUUAUCACAAGCUUCCAACGACCGUGUCGUUCUGUCCUAAAAAGCCUUCGGGUUUCUCCCUCUUCGUCGUUCCGGUUCCGAAGUAUCCGAAUUUUCAGCAUCCGAUCGUUCGGCACGACUGCGCGGUCUGCUCAGUGCGGCGCUAAUUAGUGCAUGUCCGCAAGCUGUGUAUGUAUCACAGUAGAGUAGGUUUGAAUUCCUGUAUGUUCUCGAUUCUUUCUUGAGGACUUGUGUUGUGUUGUGUUGUUGCCCACCGCUGCCGCGUCCGACUGUCUCUCGGUGUGUCGGAGUCGUCGACGUCGUCUUUUUCUGUCUGUCGCUCUGUGUAUCCAGCGGGCCGUUCCUUCUCAGUGUGUCUAUCAGUUAGGAUGGGCAUCAUGCUGAUCGUUAGGCUUAAGUUUGCGGUUCUCACUCUGCCUGUCUCACGCAAUCUGUCAUCUGUCUUACCCCGAUGCCUUCAAGGCUUGCGCGGGCAGAUUACUUAGUAUAGUGUCCGCAUCUGCCCGUCUUCUUCGACGUUAGUGCAUUGGGACUGUGGCUUAAUGUCCGUUGUUUGUUUUCGAAAAAUGUUUUUUUUUUUUUUUUUGGUUGGAGACGGACUGGAAUUGCAUUUUUCUCUAUGUUAUCAAGUGUUGUUGGGGUAGGGCCCACGCUCUGAAACUGGGUACAAGUCCCAGUACUGUGACAUGAAUUUUCCGGGUUGUUUGUGAGGAAUUCCCGGGACCAAGUCCCACUUGCAGCGGUUUAGUCCUCAGUUCGGGACCCUGUGUUUUGUGCGACACGUUUCCUGACCGCU